AAUUUUUUUUAAAGAGAAUUUUUUUUUCCUUUCCCCUUCCUUCACCAAACUGUCUUCUCUCACUGUAUAUUUUUGUUAGUGAUUGUUAACUGUGAGAGUGUGACAGUAAAGGAAAUCACUAAUGUACUGCGGUGGAGAUGUUUCUCUUUUCGAGUGCGACACCAGGAACAAAUCAUGUGAUCUGUUCCAAAGCGAGGGUUCAGCCCUAACCAAACACACGUGACUGAAUCAUAAAUAGAAAUAACAAGCGAUAGAAACAAAGAAAGAAGGGAGAUGAGAUAUCUGAAAAAUUAAAUUAUAUAUGGGAUAUAUACUAUAAUUUAAUAUAUCAUAUAUAUAUAUCUAGAUAUCAUAAAUUACAAUGGGUAAAUCAUUAAGAUCAAAGUCUAAGUUAAAGGCCAAAUCAGUUAAGCGUAAAGGGGUGUUUGCUGAAUUUGUUGAUAAUAGAAAUGCUAGAUUAGCUAAAAAGGAUGAAGAAUCAACCAAGAAACAAGCUAAAGAAUCAGCAAAGGAAUCAGAUAAAAUUGAUCAAGAUACUGCUAUAGUUGAUGAUGAAGAUGCUACUCCAGCUAAGAAAAUAAGUACUUCCGGAUGGAGAGAUUCAAGAGGUCAAAUCUAUAAGAAGAAACAAAUCAAAAACAAAAAGAAUAAGACUGUUAAGUUUUAAUCAUGUCUGAUCUAUACCUUGACUCAUCGUCAUUUAAACAAAUUGCAUAUUCCUCAUUAUGAAACCAUAAAUCAUGUCAUUAGUUCCUUAUCAAUUCCCUAAAAGUCUAUUCCCCAGUUAACCCCAUUCCUUCAUUGUACAUUACAUUUAUUAUAAGUAAAGGUUUAUAAUUAUUUUCAUAUUUUAGUUCAUUCAUUUUAUACUAUAUUUUUAUUACACCCAUUUUUUAUGCAUUAAUAUUACGUUUAAAAUUCA